CAACAUGCAUGUUAUGUCAGUUUGUAUAUUAUAAUCAACGCAUAUGCGUCUACAUUGUAACUAGUUUCUAGUAUUGCUUAUAUAUUAUUAAUGUGUACGUUGCAAGAUAGAAAUAACGAAUGAGAAUUGUCUCAUUUUUUUACGUGAAAUUUGGAAUCAUUAAAAAUAAUGACCAAGCCGCAAUUUAUAGCGACUGAUGCAAUCGACGGUAUUUGGCCCUUUUUACUCAGUAUCGAAUGGAGGGAUCCUUGGUUAGCAAUUUUAUUAACUUUUCAUGUCGCCAUCACAAUGACAGCAUUGAUGACGCGGAAUCAUGCUAAUUUUCAAAUUAUCCUUUUCCUUAUACUCCUACUAUUAGUCUACUUUUCUGAAAGUAUCAAUGAAGUAGCAGCCACAAAUUGGAAGGUAUUUUCUAGACAACAAUACUUCGAUUCCAAAGGCCAAUUUAUAUCUCUCGUUUUCUCAGUGCCUAUUUUAAUUAACUGUAUGAUUAUGGUGGCAAGUUGGUUAUACCAAUCAAGUCAAUUAAUGACAAGUUUGAAAAGAGCUCAACUACGACAGAAGGUGAAAUCGCGACAAAUUGAAGAUGAAUCAUUGAAUUCAAAUGGAAAUGUCAUCAGGCAGAAGCAGGAUUAAAUUUUUAAUUCUAGUCAUAUGGAAAUGUUCAUCGAUAUAAUAUAAUUUUGGAUAGCUUAUUUACCUAUAACAAGACCAGAAAAACAAAAUGUGAUGAAGCUCUAAUUCCUUAUAAAUUAUGUAGUUUUUGUUUUCAUUAUAAGAAUAAUCUGCACUCCACAGAAUUUCAAUCAUUAUAUAGGUUCUUAGAGCAAUACCAGAAUUUUGACUGUACAGUUUUCCGUCUUGCAGCAUUUUACAACAGUCACGCUGCUCUUUUUUAAUAAAAAAAAAAAUAACAUACAUAAUAAUAAAAAUAAGCAUAAUUAAUAUAAUGUUAUUCGCGUUAUAUCAAAACUUGAAAUAAUAAUAAUUAAUAUCCAUAUAAAUACCAAGGAAUGAUAGCCUAGUUCGUAUAAAUGGAUGUCGAUAAAGAUAAGAAUCCCAUCUGAAACAUAUAAUAUUGCAAAUGUGAUAAUAUCUAGUUUGAGAAAUAAAUUAUGUGUAAGAUCUAUAACUUUUACAAAGAAAAAAUGCGUCGAGACAUAUUUCUGAAAGUUUUCUGAAUCUUUUGAUAUUCAUUUGAUGCAUUGGUAUAUUAUUUCCAUGAAUAAAUAGAGUUGCCCUGUUAUUAUAAAUAAUUAUCUAGAUAUUAUAUAGGAAUGAUGUACUUAUAUUAAGAAUGCAACGAUAUUUAAAAUUUCGUUUUUUUUUUUUGUUUAAUUAUAAUUGUUAAAGAAUUCGAAAGCCUAUUUUUCGCACCUUCGAUAUAAUAAUUGUAUAAUAAUGAAAGAAUAUGUAAAUGUUUUUAAAAAAUUUGCGAAGGCGUCGAAAUAUUUUUCUUUAUUGAUAAUAUGAGUCCAAGACUCAACGAAUUGUACGUAUUUUUUUUUGUAAUUUAGUAUAAGCUGUAAUAAUUUUAUGAGCAUUUUCUUGCCUUAAGUGCAUUGUUAUCGGAAAUGUUAUUCUCGAUGCUUUUAUAAUUUAUAAUAUAUAGUUAACGCACUACUUAUAUUGCAAUAUAUACAUAUAUAUAAUAUUUAUGCGUAAAUUGUAAAAAAAAUUCAUUUUAUAAAAUGUGACAAUUGGUUUGUUCAUUUAAUUAACGAUAAAUUUUAUGCUUUUCGAAAAAUGAAGAUUUUGAUUAUUUUGAUUAUUUUUGUAUACAAUAUACAUUAUAAAUAUUUAUAAAACAACACUA